AUGUUGACUUCACAUUAUAUCUUUUUUGCACGACUUUUCGAUCGGCAGACUCACAUGAGAAAAGUAAGCUACCAAGUAGCGCACGAAAUAGUCUACUUGGGGGUAGAUAAAUUUGUAAGGCAGAGUAAGCGGAUGACAUGUUGCUAUACGAGAUUUUCUUUUUUCAUUUCAUACUUUUUUUUUUGCGAUAUGCGCGUCAAUGGAGUGUAGUCGUAUCAAGACAUUGGGGCACAUUCAUCAUGUGAUCGAAAUUGCAAUUUCAAAUUACUGGAUCCUUUUUUCUGUGUAACCAAAGGAGGCGGUAAGUAUUCACGUUCAACACGCACAGGGGAGAAAUGAAAUGUCUGAGAUUCUUACGAAGUCAAAAGAGUGGCAUUCUCGCAUAAUAUAUGAUACUUACUUUCUCUCGACGAGGGACUACACAAACAUUUUUUUUUGCAAUGUGAACGCCCGCGGUCAUUAAGAUUAUAUGCAGAUGGAUAUUAGUGGAUCCAAUCUUGAUAGAGGAGGACAAGAACAUUUGCAAGUCCAACUAUGUGACCAGUGCGAUCCAAAAACCAUUUAUUUCGUCCGUCUUCGUGAUUGGCGACUUUAUUACACAUGUGACAGAUUGUAUAGACAACACCAUCAACGGGAAGUCCACAUUUGGAAAUUUAAAGUGAU